AUGCAGCAAGAAGAACUGGUUCGGCUCUUCAGCCAGAACCUUACCCUGUCGAACCAUGCCUCUGUAGCCCCUUCAAUCGUAGAACAACCCCACGCCUUUCAACAACCGCAGCAGCAGCAGCAGCAGACACAUGACCAGCAGCAGAGCCAGCAACACCCCCAACCGGUCGUCUACAGCUCGACGCACUACACCCACUCCGCGCACAUCGUCCCCAAAGCAGCCCCUUCGCAGCCACCACCCCCCUUCACCCCCGCCGAGCUCUCCGAGAUCCUUACCCGCCACAGCAUCGACCCCUCGACCCUAUUCCCCUCCCAGCUGGACCUGUUCCAGCAAUCUCCCGAUGACGCCCGCCUGCGGCUCCUCGAGAUCUGGCGCCUCUCACCUCCCGACUACAGCAACCACGCGCUGGCACUCGAGCUCGGCAACUGGCCGCGCACAAGCCUGCAGCAAGAGGAAGAGAUGGCCAAACUGCGCUUCGAGCGGCGGGCGCGGCAGCAGGCGUACCAACAGGGCUCUACAGCGGGCACAGACAGCACAAUGGAGCAGGACGCCACGCCCCUCCCGCCGCUCUCCGUGUCAUCGGUAUCCCCCCCGCCGGACGAGAUGAAGACGGCCAGCGCGGAGCCGUACAUGCUGUCGGGCUACGAGACACUCGUGAAGCGGGAAUACGACGAGCAGGCCAAGGUGAUGGAUGCGGCGGGGAGGUACUACCAGGCGACGGAUCCGGUGUAUAAGAGCACGGGGCUGUGGGACAAGCAGGGACUGCAGGAGAUGGAGAAUCAGUAUGGGGCGUUUGCGCAGAUGAGGGAGUUUGGGACGACGCGGUUUGUGGGGGUGCACGGGGGCUUGAAUGAGGAUAUGAUGAUGAUGUGA